UGCAUCAAAUCGGAUAUCCCCAGUUGCCGUAGAACUAGGAACUUUCAGUUAGAUAGUGAUAGGAAGUGAUGUCCAUUGUAGUUAAUAAAAGUGAUCAAGAUUCACGUAUUCAAGUUUGGUGAAUUGGUUCUAUAAAAUUCUAAUCUGUUCAAGAUAAAAAAUUAAAAAUGAAGCGAGAAAACGAUGAAAAUAAUGACAUCGAUCAACAUGAUGACAACGAUGGGGGAGACCAACAGCAGAAUAAACGCCAACGGACCGAUGAGGAUGAAGUGCGUUUACUGAUUCCCAGCAAGAUCGCCGGAGCCAUCAUUGGAAAAGGUGGACAUAACAUCAACAAACUGCGUUCAGAGUUCCAAGCCCAGGUGAAUGUAGGCGAUUGUACAGGCCCCGAACGAGUUCUCACAAUUGGCGCCGACUUGGAGACUGCCUCCCGGGUGGUUAAGGACAUCAUGAAACAAAUGGACAAGACUGGCGAAAAUGAUUACGAACUUCGAAUCCUGCUGCAUCAGAGCUUGGCAGGCUGCGUCAUAGGCAGAGGUGGUACUAAAAUCAAGGAAGUCAAAGAUCAACUGGGAUGUCGCUUGAAAAUCUUCUCCAACAUCGCUCCGCAGAGUACGGAUCGCGUUGCCCAAGUUGUCGGCACGGAAGAACAGUGCUUACAAGCACUGACCGAAAUACACAACCUGGUUAAGGGAACCCCCAUCAAAGGUCCGGUGCACAAUUACGAUCCGCACAACUACGAUGACCUGUAUGCGGAUGAGUACGGCGGCUACGGAGUUGGCGGAGGUGCCAACAACAGGUUCCGUAAUGAACGACCCGGUUUUGAUCGUCGUGACAACGGCAACAGCCGAAGAGAGGGAAUUGGCCGUGGCUACGAUAGGGGAUCGGAUCGGGAGCGUGGUGGAGUUAUGAGGGAGCGUGAAUUUAUUAAUCCUUGGGCAUCGAAUAACGUAAAUGGGAACCCCAUGGCGGGUGGUAACUUUGGAGGUGGCAAUGGUCUUGGCAUGGCUAACUUAGGCGCUAUGGGUCUGGGAGGAUCCGGUAGCAGCAUGGGCAACAUGAAUAAUCUGGGUAACGGUAACAUGGCAAACUUUGCCGGAAACACUGGAAAUAUGGACAAUAAAACGUCCACGCAAGUGACAAUACCGAAAGAUCUGGCCGGUGCCAUUAUCGGAAAGGGUGGUGGUCGUAUUCGCCGUAUUCGAAAUGAAUCAAAUGCUUUCAUUCAAAUUGAUGAAGCUUUACCAGGAUCAACAGAUCGCAUCAUCACCAUUACUGGAACACCCAAAGAGAUCCAAGCCGCUCAGUACAUGUUACAGCAAAGUGUUCGCGAAAAUCUUGCUGCUGCGGGCAAUGGCUCUGGUUACAACCGUAACUAAACAAACGCAUUUGCAUUUACGUUGAACAACAAUGUUGAACAAUAAGGUCCAUCAAAGAAAAACCAUUAAGGCCACCGGCUCCAUUUAGAAGAGUAUAAACUAAUACAAUACAUUAACACUAGGUUGAUGUAGGAUAUAUAGAAGAAGCGAUGUUCUAUAGGCCGUUUCCCGAACAGUUUUAAAAACCAUUAUGGUGAGGAAUGGACAGAACUUUUAUUUCCAUAAAACAAUCGAGGUACCAGAACUAAAAUUAAAGUUUAAGUUGAACAUGUCCAAUCAAUCAUAUGACGAUCGGAAUUAAGACCAAAAGUCAUUAGUUUGUUUUAUUCUACGGCCUUUAGGGAAGCGUUAUGACUAAACAUUUUAAAAUCACGUAGUGUUUGUGUUACAAAAAUGCAAACUUCACACCUCCCUUUGUAGUCGCCAAAGGACAGAGAUAUACUGUUCCAGAAUAUGAGAAAAGAAAAACACAAAUACAAGUAUUUACUGAAAAAAAUUGUUUAUAAACAACGAAUAUUUUUAAAUAUUCUUGAUAAGUAUGUUUUCUUAAUAAUGUCUGAACAUGUAACAUUCAGUUGUAGAUGAAAAUAAACGUAUAUUAUGAAA